CGUCGUAGUGUGCGCUCUCGAUUUAAAUAUAUUCGACUGAUAGACUUAUCGACAGUUUUUGCAGUUUGUGAAAAUGUGAAUUAGCAGUUCAAUUUUGAUUUUUGUGUGGAGCCAGUGGUACCAGGAAUUUCGGUUUGAUGCUGCAUUUGGGUGACCCAAAUAAUCAACCACGUACUGUAAAUUAAAAAAGUUCUCAUCUCACGUUCGGCCUCUUUUAACGUUAAUUGGAUUUUAAUGCUGGAAAACGUUAUUCAACGGUUUACCAUGAAAAUUUACAGUGAUACAGUGUUCUGAAAAUCUGCAAAUAGGAAAAACAGUGCUGGUGUUCGUUAAAAUUAAACUAAACAAUCUUAAUCAGAUAGUGCAAACAACUUGGUACAUCAAAAUCUAUUCCGGAGGAUGGUAUAGCAAAGUACCAGGCUCAUUGGCAUUCAAAUUUAUAGACAAGAUUUGCCGGCUUGAUGAGUGUGAUUGACCUGUGACAACAUGGCUGUUUCAAUUACCAGUUGCAGUGUACAUGUGGCGCUGCUUUGGCUUCUUUUCGCAUCCGCAAUUGGGGCCGAAGACAUUUAUUCGAAUUCAUUUAUAUCGCCGAACUCGGCGUAUGGCGAGGAUGUAAUGGACGAUCUGAGUACAGGAACCAAAACAUCUGCACCUGGUGAUAUUAAGACAACGAAAGACAGUUUAUUAACCUCAACGAUAACUAGUCAAAUUGUAACUAGUCGCACUAUAGAAAAUAGAGUGGAACGAUCCGCCGUUGCUGAUCCCAUUUUGUCCAGGACCUCCGGAUUGGAAGGACUUUUGGCAUUCAAAAAUGUGGAGGACUCCUUUGACAGUAAUGACGUAGAAUUAAGUGGGAGAUACAAUGUUAUACAGCCCUCAAAAACGGAUAAACAUCUCUUAUCAAAUGGCGUGGAACAAACGUUAGGCCCGCAGUCGGGGGAAGGCCAGGGGGCUCCGCAGGCACGGUCACUGUCAUUGCAGGAGCCCCAGGAAACAACGGCCACGCCAACUGCGACGAUAACGCAGAGUACUGUUACCCUAUCGAACCAACCGGGUAAGGGUAGGCAAGCUAAUCCCGACAUCCAGGACAUCAUCACUGGUAUUGUGAAACUACUCAACGGCAAUGUUAACGUGCAGGCCAAUACACAACCAGCCAUGGGACGACCGUUGAGACCGUUGUCGACUAGAAUAAACAACAGAGGACCGCCGAGAAUUACGGAUGUUCCAGCUCUCCCGCCAGAUUUUGACGUGCCUGCACCUUUGCCGCCACCACCUCUAGGCCAAAUGCCGCCGCCUGUCACGUCCACUAGGAUUCCCACCCCGUAUCCAUUUGAUGUACCACCUUCAAACAUAUCACCUGUUAAACCGUUUGGUAAUCCAAUACCUCUCUCAGAACAAGGGUCUGGCAAUAGACCUGGAUUCUACAGACCAGUCACUAUUCCUCCAUGGACUAGGCCUCGCAGACCACCAACAAGAAGGCCAGCUAUUCCUCCCUACAAACCGAUGCCUCCAAUACCAUCAGAUUUUAUCAGUUUGACUUCGGAAAAACCUGUGGAUGACAUAUUAACUCUAGACUUGGGAUCACAAUUGCAGUCCACCAGUCAAGAGACGUUAGAUAACAAAAACAUUACUGUGACAGAAGAACAAGAAGUAACUACUGACUUACCAGAAGAAAUUGAUAUGCCCGUGGAGGAAAUCGACAAUGAAACAGCAGCAUUUGAACGUAAUAAAGAGAAAAGUUCAUCCAAAAUGGAUAAACAUACCAGUAAAACUACUACUGUAAUAUCAACGAGCACCAGUGAAUCUUCUACUGAUUUAGAAAUGUCUACUACACAAACAUUAUCUGAGCUGUUGGCUCCUACUUCAGUAUUAACAGAUAUGCAAACUACUUCUUUGGCAAGGAAUAGUGAGAAUAUAACCGAAAUUAAUGUAACUAAAACAACAGAAGAGCCGAUGUUCUUAGAAUCUUCAAUUGAAGAUGUGUUACACACUUUAAAACAUGAUUUACUAGCGAAUAUGUCUUCUGACACUCCUACUGAGGAAUUGCCCUUGGUUACGAGUACUACUGAGGGUAUCAAAAGUACAGAAUCAACUAUUUCAAAAACAUCAAUGCAACUGAAUAAUCAAUCAUCAACUUUAACUAAUCAAGAUUUUCCCUAUUAUCCCUAUCGACCACGACCUGGAAUCGUGUUGGAUGACACUGAAUAUAAACCAGGAGGCAUUAAUAGACAACCAAUAAUUACACGACCUCCAAUUGGACAACUUGGAGAAAUCUUUGACAUUACGGUAUCUGCAAUACAGGGUCCAGGUGGAUCAACUGGCGGACAAGGGAAGCCUUACGUGAUUCCUGUUGACAUCGAAAACGUCCACGUGGGUUCUAACGCGGAUUUGAUCACCAGUCCCGUAGGAGACGAAGGCUUUGUUUCCAUUGACGGUAAACGAACGUAUUUGAACUUGUUCGGAGAUAACAUUGCACCAACGACAACUGCAGGAUCUAUGGUGAAACCCACCAUACCUUCCAACAAUCACGUGUCUGGCACAGGAUAUGCUGUAGUUGAGGCGGAAAAGAUUAAACCUAAUUUGGGAUCUGUUAAACCUACUCAAAGAAGACCAGUAUUUGGACGACCUAGGCCUAGUCAACCACCAGUGAGAAUUGAUACUUGCAUAGUGGGAGAUGACACAACCUGUGAUGUAUCACAGCAUGAAGUUUGUAGAACAGAAUCAGGAGUGAGUGCUUGUCACUGCAGACCAGGAACCGCCCGUAGGAAACACAGAGAUCCCUGUCGUAAGAUCGUAUCCGUACUUUUGUCUUUAAGAGUGGAUCGACUGUAUGAACGAAGAGUUGUAUGGGCUAACGAACUCUCUGACAAAGAAAGUGAAAGCUACCAUCAGUUGUCUUAUGAAGCCGAAAGAGCUUUGGAAUCUGCGAUGUCCAUGACACCUUUUAGCGACGAAUUUCUUGGUUCGAAAGUGAACAGCAUUUAUAGGGGUGAACGAGCGGCAGGUCAGGCAGGUGUGUUUGUUAAUCUGACAUUACAGUUAGAAGAAAAUGCUGAUACAGCUCGUCCAACUGUAAGAGCUGAUAUCCAGAAACAUUUAUUGGGCGUCAUACAAAGAAGGAGCAAUAACGUUGGGAACAGUGCAUUAUGGGUAGACAGCCCACCAGGUUCUAUUUCCAAUCUACAAGAUUUGGAUGAGUGUUCUUCGCCGGAAUUGCAUGAUUGUCACGCCUUAGCCAGAUGCAUAAAUAUCUUUGGUAGCUUUAAAUGCGAGUGUGCUGACGGUUAUAAGGAUCCUUGGUACGACAACAAACACAGAGCUGGUAGAUAUUGCGAACAGUGUUCACCUCAGCAUUGUAACAAUCGUGGUGAAUGCAAGUACCAAAAUGGACAAGAAGUUUGCGUGUGUUCUGGAAAUUACUACGGAAAUCAAUGUGAACUGGAUGGAGAAGUGUUGGGAGUAGCUAUUGGAGCAAGCGUAGCUGCUGUAAUCAUUAUUGGACUGACUCUAGUGUGUCUUGUGAUGUGGAGCCGCCGAUGGAGCAGGGAACAGAAAGCAGCAGUUGGCAGUCCUGUGUUUGGAUACAUGGCUACAGCCAGUAAUACUGUUAAAACUCCAGUUGUAGGAGCUCCUCCUUAUCAGUUAACUUUGGAAGAUAGACUACGUUGGGCCCAAAUAGCUGAUGUCAUGGCUCAAGCUAAUCAUUAUGCGCCGGAACCCGUAACAGGUCCAACCAGGCCAUCUUCGGCGUUGUUUGGAUAUCCCAACCUUUCUUUGACCGGUACGCUUCAGCAUGGUUCAUUGCAUGGUACUUUACCACCAGUUCCGCUUCCGAGACUCAAUUUGCAGGCACAAAUGGCCUCUAGGGUGGCCAGUGCCCAUGGUAUGCGACCCCUGGAUAACUCUAGCUCCAGCGAGGAGGAAGAUAAGGCUGAUCUGCUUGGCAGAAAUUUCCAAGUGCCGAGACCCAAGAGUCGAAGCAACGCAUCCAUAGCUAAUCAGAGUGGCAUUUAUUACGACGUGGACUACGACCAGAAUGACAUUUAUAAGUCCGGAGGUGGGAUUCCAUUAAGCACAUACAGCAUGGGUCGACCAGCGUAUUUCCGAAAUUAAAAAUUAUGUUUAGUUUAAGAAAGUUGUACAUAGUCAAGUUUACAUUUAAGGAUUUAGUAAACAUGGAAAUUAUUAUGUUUAAAUUAUAUUAAUUAAAAGUGCAAAAAAAUAUGAAAGAAGUAAAUAAAAUAUAUUUGCGUAAGUUUUCACUUCAUAAUACUCUACAACGUGUAAACGUUUUUGUUUAUUAUUUAUUUUAAGCAGAUAUAAAGACUUAAUUUAUCGAAGAAUUUAUUAUUUAAGACUUAAUAUAUGUAAAAGUUAAAACAAC